GCGGAACUCUAAUAUUUUAGGACGCCAUUUUGGAUUUGUAAUAGAAAGGCUGGGUUGAUGCGAUUAUUUAUAAUCACUUAGAGUAUACAUGUUUUCAACAUAAAAGGACAUUAAAUGCAGAUAUGAGUUGGGGAACAGAGUUAUGGGAUCAGUAUGACACCAUAGCCACACACACACAGAAGGGCAUCGAUUUCUGCGAGAGAUUCACCCACUUCCUCAAAGACAGGUGUUCUAUAGAACUCAAAUAUGCCAGUGAUCUAAAACGACUAGUCAAAAAUUAUCAGCCAAAAAAGAAAGAAGAAGAAGAACUUCAACAGUACUCAUGGGCUGUCAAAUUCUGGGAGAUGUUGAAGGAACUGCAUGACCUUGCAGGUCAACAUGAAGUCAUUGCAGAAAACACACAGAGCCAAGUGCUUAAAGAUCUCCAGGGAUUGAUAUCAGAAAUCAAAACACAGAGGAAACAAGAUUUACAAGAGGGUGCCAAAGUUCAAGAUCAACUGAAAGCAUCACAUAGCCAAUUAGAAAAGAGUAAAGGCAAAUAUGAAAAGGCUUUUAAAUUGGCAGAGAAGGCCACAGAAGAUUACAGAAAAGCUGACGCAGAUAUUAAUUUAUCAAGGGCAGAAGUGGAGAAGACGAGAAAUCAGAUGAUGAUAAAGAACAACCAGUGUGAUGAAUGUAAGAAUGAAUAUGCUGCUCAGUUACAGCAAACUAACCAAUUCCAGAGAGACCACUACACACAACAUAUGCCAGCUGUGUUCCAGCAAAUACAAAAUAUGGAGGAGAACAGAAUCAAUAAAAUAAAGUCAGUGGUGAAGCAAGUGGCCGACAUAGAGCGUAGUGUCAUCCCUAUCAUUAACACGUGUAUAGACGGAAUGGUCAAAGCUUCAGAUGGAAUCAGUGCAGAGGAGGAUUCUAAGGCAGUUAUUGAUAAGUACAAGUCUGGUUUCCCUAUCCCUGGGGACUUUCCUUUUGAAGACCUGAGUAAUCCAAGCUCAGUCAUCAACACUUCUAAUGCUAAUGGAACACCUAAAAAUGCUGUGGAAUACCGCAAAGGCACAGUAUCAGACAAAAAACGAAAUAAAAAAGAGAAAAAAGGAGGAGGAGGUUUAUUUGGAAUUUUCACUUCAUCCAAGGCCACAAUUAACAAAAUCAUUGGAUUACUGGGAGAGGAAUCGAAAGAAGAUUUCAGUGAUCUUCCUCCAAACCAACAAAGAAAAGCUCUCAAUAAAAAGAUAGAUGAAUUCAAAAAAGAAAUUGCCAGAGAAACUGCUGAAAGAGAAGGAAUGUUAAAGAUGAAGGAUGUCUAUGUCAAUAAUCCAGCACUUGGAGAUCCUAAUGCACUAGAAAAGAAGAUAGAAGAAAAUGCUCAAAAGAUUGACAGUUUACAAGCUGAAAUGAGGAAAUACCAAGGAUAUCUUGCCAAUAUGGAUGCCAAGCCUUCUCCAGCGGGACAGAGAAGGAAUAGUUUAUCAGAUGACUCAAUAUCCCAGAGCAGUGCAACAAUGGAUAUGAGCCAGACUUCACUGUCCGGAGCUCCACAGAUUGUGCAAAAUGAACCAGAAGUCUACACCGAUGAGGAAUUUGAGGAGGAAGGAGCAGUAAUACGGAAGAAGCCAGAGAAGGCUAUAGAUGAGGACAUAGAUCACACGGCAGAAUUUGAUCAUCCAGAUUUUGAUGAGGAGGAAGGGUUCCCUGUCAUUGGAACAUGUAGAGCAUUGUAUCCUUAUGAAGCUGGCAACGAGGGUUCAGUAGCUAUGACUGAAGGAGAAGAAAUGUUUGUAUUGGAACAGGACCAGGGAGAUGGGUGGACACGAGUCCGCAAACAUGACAAUUCCGAGGGAUUUGUUCCCACUUCGUAUAUCCAGUGUCAUUUCUAUGAUCAAGACGAGGUUUAAUGUGAGUGGGAGAGAGGGACUGAUAAGUGUCCUGAUCUGUGCAAUGUAGGGUAGGAAACUCUUCCUGCUCAUCUUUUUCUGCUAUCUGCUGCCUUCAUCUGGUGCAGAGAGCGUGGUGGAUCUUUGAAUAGGACUACAGAAUGGAUAAGAUAUAUCUCCACAUGCUCUCUAUUCUCUUAAUGGAAACACUUUUAAACUGGUACUUAUGUAAACAUUUAUGGUCAAUAGAGGGAGGAAAGUACAAGAAAGAAAUUGAUGUAUGUACUGAUGGAAAAAUCAAAUACACAUAUUUACCCUAAUAAGCUAGAGGAUUAUUUGGAUUUUCUGUCUUUUAGCUGCUCUAUGGAGUUCUGCAGCCUUAAUGAAAUCUCAGUGAUUUCAGGUUUUUGCUGAUAUGGUAUUUUUCUGUGUAAUUAGAUACAAUGGUCUGGAUAUUUUAAAUGAAUGUCAAGAGAGAGAAUUUUUUAUUGGGGUGAACAUGUAAAACAAGAAAUAUGAAUAUACAUAUAUUGCAAUGAAUAUUUAUGAAAUCAUAAGUUAUAUUAUGAUGUAAAUAUACAUGUAUGUACCUGUUGAAAAGUUCAAAUGCUCAGCUUUUGUAAAUGUGUAAAUUUAAUUUUCUAGUGAGCUAGCUUGUUAUUUUAUCCAGUAGACAUUGAUUUGUAGACAAGGCCAGAUUUAUUUUAGACAGAGUGACUGUUAUUGUGUGAGAGUAAAAUACUUUUCUUUUUAAUUUUGAGAAUUCAGGUUUCACAUUAUCUGCUGUGUUCAUUAUUUGACAUCUACAUCUCUGUGAUUUUUUCUCUCUCUCUCUCUCUGCACUUGUCUUUGUGAUCAUAAGCAUUUCUUUGUUAUUGUGUUAAGUGAUGUUGCUGUCUGUUGUGGAGUGGAUGUGUGUGUUAGAAGCUUAAGCAAUGCAGUGGUCUGUAGCUACAGAACAUACUUUUUUAUUCAUAGUAUUAUACAUGUGUAACAUUGCAAUACUAGAAUCCAUUGUAAUAAUGUUUACACUCAGCCUAUAACAACAUUUUUGUCAGCUAUUUUACAGCUUAAAUUAGACAUCAGUUGUGGUCAUAAGAAGCGCAUUUUAGGCACAAAUUAAAAGGGUUGAUUUAGAAACCGAGGUUGAGAAUAUGGCAAAAACACUGUAAAAGAAUUGAUAUUAGCAGAAACUUGCCAGUAUUAAUAAGUGCCAGCAAUGUUUCUACUUAGGUAUAGUUAACAAAAAAAAAUCAGUAAAAUAUUGAUAAUUGAUCAACUCUUGUAUUUUGUACUAACACUGUUUAAUAAAUACACCAUUCCAUCAGUUAUUCAAAGUGUACAUUUCUGGUAAUUUUUCCCAAAAAAAGAAAAAAAAGAAAGACAAAACAGAAUUAGUAGAAAGUCCUACGUGUAUGUUAUUGUUGUGUGAAGCGUCAAGAUUGUGAUUAAAAGACAAUUGGUGCAAUUCUGUAAUCUUCCAUUUUCUAUUAUUUUACCCAUAGGAAAAGUGUGUAUUGUGAAAUGUCAUUUAUUCUGAAUUCAAAUUUCUCUCAAAAAAAUUUGGUGAACCUUUUUCAUCAACAAAGUGGUAUUCAUUUAUGAAAAAUGACAAAGUACUAUUUGUAAACACCUUUGCAUAGAAUAAUUCUUUUCCAUGAAGCCAUCAGAUAUGUAGCAUUAUUUUAUUAUCACUACAUUGAAGCAGACAAUUUAAAAUUAUAAAAGAUUCAUCCUUGUAUCUUUUUUCAUGGUUUUCUCUUUGUCUUUUUAUUUUUUUUUAAAUAAACUUAUUUAUAAGAUUAAUUUGAACAUACAGUGUAAUUGAUAUUUGUAUUAAUCCUGGUUAAUAUUUCUUAAUUGGUAAUACACCAGUAUGUAUAUGUCUGAAGUAUGUGUUAUGUAUGAAAUCCUGAAUAAACACCUUUAAUAGCACCUCUAAGAACCAUAUUUUACAUAUUUUGUUUUUUCCAUGGAUAAAUUUAUUGAAAUUAAUAUGAAUUGAGUUUUAAAUUUUUCACUGAUAUUGUUGAAUUGUAUUUUUAAUGUGUAAGGGAUGCAUUUUAUUUUUUUUUCUUGGAUAGAGAAUUUUAUAUUAAUACAUUUCAAACAAGUAUCUAUAUUUAAUCAGUGGUGUUUACAUGUUCAAUAAAUGCCAUGGAACAAAUGUUGAAUACUUUAUAUGAUACAUGUACUUGUUUGAUUACUUGCAGAUAAAAGUAUUUCAUUUCACUUCAGUAUUUUAAAUUCAAGCAAAUACUUAAAAGGACUGAUCAUGUAAUCAGACAUAUAUAAUACUUUUCAAUAUGUCCCAUAUGAUAUUAACAUUCAAUUAUAUUUCACAUUUUAACAUCAUUAAGCAGGCUUCUGGAUCAUUUUUCCUUGGAAUGGACAUACAAAGUCAGCAUUUUUCACUGAUUUCUAAUCCAACAGUAAAUCUGCACUGAGGUGCUUCUCUUGGAUUUGUGAGAAUAUUUUAUAGUUCUAUGUAUACCUAUUAUUAAACAAAAUUUCUGCAUUAAAAUAUGAAUUCAAGUGUAAUGCAAUUGCAAUCAACCAUUAAAAUACCAUAAAUACAUAA